AUGGGGCUGUGCCGGGUGCUUGCGCCGCUGCUGCUGCUGCUGGGGCUGGUGGGAGCUUCCACGGAUGGAUCCACAGUGGUGUGGGACGGAUCCAUCCCAACGUCCUCGCCGGGAUCCGGGACCGUGAGCUACGAGGCCGCGGUGGCGGCGGCCGUGGAGCUGCUCAACUCCAGGGCCGUCAGUCCCUACGUGCUGCGGCUGCGGGAGGCCCAGCCCCGGCCAGGAUGGCCCUGGGACCUGCGGAGCCGGCAGGAGCUGAGCUUCACCCUGGAGGAGACCACGUGCCGGAGCCCGGGAACGGCCACCACGGGCUGCAGGAGCCGCUGGCUCGGGGCGCUGACCUGGUGCCAGGGCUCCGUGUUCCUGGAGGAGCAGCAG